AAAACAGAUAAAGGGAUCCUGCCGUCGUGCUUGGACUGCUGGUGUGUAGACUACAAGUCAUUGUAGAUGUUUUUAGUUAUUUUGCAGAAACAGAAACUGGAUCUCCACUCCAUCUGCUCUCUAUCGAGCAUACCUCGAAACAAUAAAUUGGUAGAAGUCACGUACUUAAGUAUUCUUGUAGUAGAACAAUCAUGAUUCACUUACGCGAUUGUUGUCUGUUUAACUCCGUACUUCUGCUUAGGUACUAUUAGUGAAUUCUGUUCGUUGUUGGCUUACAGACCACUACCAAUUUUACGCUUACUCUGAGGUGGUGGAAGAAGGAGAAGAAGUGCUUUUCCUUAAGUUAAUUAACUGGACGAAGAACUUAUACCCCAAGAUUGGGCACACUAAUACUACUACACUUAGUACUUCUUGGUGUUGGUUGUCACUCAUUGGCGAGGAGCUACUUGCUCUAAACUCAUAAGAAAUGGACACUUCUGGUGGUGGAGCGUCGUCUUCCUUCCUCAAUGUAGGACCUGCUGUGCGCCGGAAGGAAAAUCCGCAUCUUGUGCGCACACGAUCAACGAAUCAGAAUCAGAAGAAUGUUAUGAUCUACUUAACCAUAACCACUAAGUUGUUAAAGAAUAACAUCUUUCUUGUCUAGCGGCCGUAGGUUCUUCAUGUUGACCAGACCAUCUCUAUCUAUCACGGGUUCAUCUUCAUUACCAUGAUGUGGUCUAAUGUUGUGGGUUGUUCUGCAUUACCACGAAGCCCUCUACUUCUACUUGCAACGUGAGAUUGAGAAGUGUUGUAUCUCCUUGUGUCUCAGGAAAAGAAAGAGGCGGGAUGAAACCUCGUCUAAAGCCCCAGGCCUUUCUGGCCGAGCAACAGGCCGCACAAUGCAGGAUCGUGCUCGGUGGCCAUCAAAUUUUGGAUACGACUAUCUUGGCAACACCGAAGGUGCUCAAUUAGAUGACGGUGAUCGGGCUUGCGCGCGUGGUGCUGAAUCAACAGAAGACUCAACAUCCACUUCUCUCUUCAAUGCUGGGGGUCUAUUCGGUCCAGCAUGCCAUAAAAGGCAUAUGGACGCGGAAAUUACGCAUGAGGUAGUUGAUUUAUAGUUUCAUCUAGAAAACGAAAACGUAAACGUAAACGAUGGCCUUCAAAUUCUACUCUGUCUGAUCCUAUGUAGUUACUCGUUGUAGAUACAACGUAACUUCUAUCAUACAAAAUUGGUAUCUACUUCAUGAGCACUCGUCUCAAUACAUCAUAAUACUUGUUCAACACCAAGCGAACGACCGAAAUCCUGAGCCUGACUUACAGGUUCUCUCCGAAGUUUACUACCCCAAAGGUGGCGGUCCGCCACCACCACCGCCAGCAGAUGCUGCUGCUGACACAGGAGACGGCAGCAGGAAAAAAACCAAAAAGAUGCAGAAGAAGGAAGAGCGACAAGCGAAAAGGGAGACGGCUUCCGCGAGACCUAAAAACAGUCAAAUUGACGUCUUCCGUUCAUGGCGAUCCACGCUGAAUUGGGAUAGGACAGUAUAGAUAGGAUAUUUCUUACAGUACUUCUUAUUCCACAUUUUUUACAGUGCAUAGUUCGUUGGGACCAAAAUUAGGUUGCAGAUUAGAUGGAAUCUCUCUCGCCUCUGUCGCGCACAACUUGAAGAAGAACUAUAGCGGGAAGAAAGUGACAAUCACAUCAUCCUCUCAUCCAAUCAUCUCAUCAGCUGUGCGUCUCCGGAUUCGGCUCAAAAUACGCUUUGCUUCACAAUUUCGGAAACGCGGUGGCCGAGCAUGCUUUGAAGGUGGAUGAAAUCGAAGCUGAGUUGGUCUAUAAGCCAGCUAGUGGAGACGGAGCUGGAGGAGGUAGUACACAAACUAAUGAUGAUAGCGCUAGUAGGAAAAUCAAUACACGUGUUGCGAGGCACAUAUCAGUCUCCCGAGAACUCAAUGAAGAGGACAUCGACCACGAGUUUCCUGACGGGGGGAUGCAGAGGUAUGAGGAAAAAUUGUGUGAAGAUAGAAAAACGCCUUAAUGAUAAAUAAUAGCUUUAGUACCAGAUUGUUCAGUUUUUUAGUUACAACUUAAAGAUAGAGUCACUUCUUGCACAGUUCGUAACUACACCAAGACUCAGACUCACAGUAAUCGUCAGUCACAUUGAUCGUUACCCCACCGUGAGCAAACUUCUCCCGUCCCAUAUCUCUAUUCAUCGCUUCUUUGCAUCAACCGACGACGACGAGCUCUUUUACGAAGAAGGGGGUAGUUGUAGCUCAACCUCACCCUUUUCUUCAACCGAGUCCACAGCAUCGCCAAUGCGGGGUCGUGACUUCGAUUACGUGAUCCAUUGUGCAGCAGCGUUGGGUAUGCAGACAGACUUUGCAAAGGUGAUGGAGCAAGCUUGGCUUGAAGCCGCGAAACAGUUCUUAGAUGAUGUUGCGGAAGCUGCUGGAGAAGGAACAGACAACGAUUUUGAGGAGUUUAUGUUACGGCUUGAUGUCAAAAAAGUCAAUGUGGUCGCAAAAGAUAGUUGUAGAGAUAGUUGCACUUUUUCUUGUUUUUCAUUGUCACAGCACGCACAAUGAACGGAAGUAGGGAAAGUCAAUGUCGUAAAAGAUAGUAGAGAUAGUACUUUUUCUUUUUCAUUGCUCAGAGACAACCUGCUGGACAAGGACGAUAUCAGUCUAUCACUUUACAUCUGGGUCACAACCAAAUACUUUAUAUUUUGUCAUUGUCACAGCACGCACAAUGAACGGAAGUAGGGCCACACUUGAAGUGUACCGGGAAAGCAACAUCACUGAAUACCACAAUACAUAUGGUUGAACUUUUCUCUCUAAUUCCGCGCCUCCUCAAGGGCAGAACAACUACCUCAACCGCAACUGGUUCAAUCCGCGACCACACACCUGUGGGUAAAAUAGAUGAGAUCAAGGAGAUGCUUCGAGCUGCAAGAUGGGACGCAGGGUUUGAUCUUCGAAUGCUGAAGAGGGGCUGGAACGCGACAGAGUAUGAAUACACCGAUUGCAGCAGAAAACGUGACUGCUUUGCGUUUCUGUUGGAGGAGUUGAUGGUAUUGGACCGAUUUGGAACAUUUUAGUACGAACAAUAGAAAGAUUGGUGCAUCCCACGUCAUUCGUGAUAUGAAGGAUUGGUGCAGCGCUGAAUAGGAAAGUCAUCUCUUUGAAUUUUCUUGUUUGUUGAAGACGUGUGUUUCCUAGACUACGAUAGAUAAGAUUAAAAAGAAGCAUUCAUCAUCUAGAUCUACAUUCCACUUACAUCAACUAACUUCCUCAGCCGAUCCUAAGCGACACAGUUCCGCCUUCCAAGACAGUAAGGGCGCCUCUCUCGACCCUCUGUCGGUUUUGGCGGAGGUUCGCAGAAUUAGCCGAGAUCAAAGUCCUUUUGGUUGUACAUGGUUACGACAAACUCCAUUCGCCACAAAUGGCGACAGCUUUGACGCAUUUGGUCGGACCGAGUGAACGCGAAAUAAAGCUGGCGAAUAUAGAGAGGAGUACGUCUUCCAGUUCCAGUACGAGUGCAACGACGCCUCCUGGAAUGAUAGUGACAUCCUCUUCCUCAACUUCGGCCUUAUCACGAACAGCUACAUCGUCGUCUUACAACAAGAACAGCAUCGACGAUAUUAAUAUGGAUCAUUUGGCGCCAAGGCCAAGAACUGCAACAAGAGCUUACAAAGAUAGUGAACCUCCUCUAGAUGGUUGCGUUCGCCUGCUCCUAGGUCUCGACGCUGUCGGCGACUCACCGUUUUCAACUAGAGAUGAAGGAGCCCUGAGAAUAGAACACGUCGUGCACCACAGCUACCUCCCUUAUACAAACGAAGUGCCACCCAGUCAAGUCGAGUAUUUCGAAAAUGUACUUCGCAAACACGGUAUGACGGGUAACAAGAAUAGCAAAGGCGCCACUGACAAUUUUUUUGGCAAGUGUCGUUCUGCUAGUCGUGCCUUCACCGCACACCACGUCGCCAUUCUACGUUGUAUUCUAGAAGCCCAUCGCACCCACGAACACGGCAUCUCUUACCAAAAGCUUGAUAAAGAGAUGAUGAGCACUAGGGGUAUCGGAAAAUCGCCCUUAGAGACGAUGAUACGAGAAUUGAAGGAUCAGGAAAUCCUCUACGAGCACAAUCCUAGCGACAUUGGACGACACUUACGUCUAGCUUGCAGUUUAGAAUAUGUGAAGACUAACUUUGAAUCGUUGAAGGAGAUUUUUGAAGUGCCAAAGGGGAAAUAAGGAGAAGUGAUGCGCGUGCGCGUGGACGUCAUCUUUUCUUUAUCUGCGCUGAGCACCAGGACAGCAUAAUUUUGGCACAAUCAAUUAGGUAGGCGUGGUCACUCUCAC